AUGGGGCGAUUUCUUCAUGGUUCAGAUGCCAAUGGAUACAAUACUAAUGAAUUAAUGAAUAACAAUGGUACCCAGCGUGAAAAAGGAAUUGCCAGGAAUAAUCAGAGGUCAAAUGGUAAUGAAAUCACACAACGUAAGUUGAACGAAGGGGAAGACAAGUUCAUUGGUUACCAUAGGAUACCAUACUUUGGCCCUAUUUCACAGAAAUGGCGGCGGCGGCGGCGGCGGCGGACCCUCUGCCGGGAGGUCCGGCCGGCCCCGGGGCCGCGCUUCGCCGGGCCGCUCGGGCGCCGCCGUGCGCCCUCGGCGGACAGCCGAGCUCAGCGCCUGCCCGCCGCGCCGCGGAUGUUUAAACGGCGCGAGUGGCGGCGCGCACCCAGUCGGUGGCGGGUCGCGUCUCGCAGCGCAGCCGUGUGGGAGGCGAGGCGAGGUGUCGUGUCGUGUCGUGUGGUGCGUGCGGCGCGCAGGGACGCGUGUGCUUGGCUCGGCAUGCAGUGCGAUGUGGCCGCCGUCUCCGCCUUCACCGUGCUCGCCGCAGUGCUCGCCCUCGCCGCGGGACACCACCACGGGGCGUACUCGGGCCGGCGAGGCGAGGUGGUGCACCCGCGGCGCGUGGACAGCAGCGGCGCGCACCUGUCGCACGACGUGCGCCACGGCCAGGGCUCGGGCGUGCUGCACGUGUGGCUGCCUGCUGGCGGGCGCGGCCUGCUGCUCGAGCUGCGACCCAGCCGGCGCUUCGUGGGCGCCGCGCUGCGCCGCUCCGCAGACUGCCACUACCGUGGCGCCGUCCGCGGGCAGCCAGGGUCCGUCGUCGCCGUCUCCACCUGCCGAGGCCUGGCGGGCCUGGUGCGGACGGAGCACGGCGAGUUCUGGGUGGAGCCAGCGCAGGGGUCGACGCCGUCGGAGACGCAGCCUCAGCCGCACGUGGUCACCCGCAGGGAGUCGACCUCUCACCACCAUCUCCACCACCAGCACGGGAGCGAUCACGACCACGCGGGCGGCGGUCGCGGCAGGCGCAACAAGCGGCGCGCCCACCGGGAGCGCAACUGCGGCACCAAGCACGCGGAGCCGGUGUCGCGGCUAGCGGCGGAGAGCGGCGGUCGCGCUCGGCCACGCAGGACGCGCUGGCGCCGCUCCACGUCGCGCGAGAGCCACGUGGAGGCGCUGCUCGUGGCCGACGCCUCCAUGCUGGAGUACCACCGCGAGCCCAGCGCAGUUGAGACCUACAUCCUGACCGUCAUGAACAUGGUCGCCUCGCUCUACCUCGACCCAUCCAUCGGCAACCCCAUCAACAUCGUCGUCGUGCGCAUCGUGCUGCUCAGCGACGGAGAGUUUCAGAAUGGUCUUAACGGCACGGUGAACGCAGACCAGAUGCUGGAGACGUUCUGCCGCUGGCAGCACUCGCUCAACUACGAGUCUGACGAUCACCCCAACCACCACGACGUCGGCAUCCUGCUCACCAGGCAGGACCUGUGUGCACGUGUUAAUGCAUGCAGCACAUUGGGAGUGGCACACGUCGCCGGCAUGUGCCAGCCUGAACGCAGCUGCAGUGUCAACGAGGACAACGGUCUCACUGUCGCACACACCGUUGCACAUGAGCUCGGACACAACUUUGGCAUGUACCACGACUCCGAGAGCAUGGGCUGUGAACGCGGCGAUGGCCACACCAUGCACGUGAUGACUCCCAGCUUCGAGUCGGAUAGCGUCGACGUCUCGUGGUCGGAGUGCAGCCGCAGAGACAUCACUGCAUUCCUUGACAAAGGGUUAGGCAGCUGUCUUGAAGAUGAACCAACACAGCAGGAUUACACCUAUCCAGAUGUUCCAACUGGUGCUAUCUACAGUGUGGAGCAGCAGUGCGAUCUUAUGUUCUCCACACAUAAUGCUACUCUGUGUUCAGCAACUCUCGAGGAGGUAUGUGAGAGGCUGUGGUGUCAAGUGGGUCCUUUGUGUUCUACAAUCUUGAGACCAGCUGCUCCAGGCACAUCCUGUGGCUGGAACAUGUGGUGUCAAGAUCGCAAGUGUGUUGAAGUUGGAGAUCGACCUGAUCCAGUAAAUGGCGGGUGGGGGGAAUGGGGGUCAUGGAGUGAAUGUACACGCACAUGUGGUGCUGGAAUUUCCACCAUUGAAAGAGAGUGCAACAACCCAAUUCCCAAAUUUGGUGGGAAGUAUUGCCUGGGAGAACGUCGUCGCUACAGACUCUGUAACACACAGCCUUGUCCUGAAGGAGAGCCAAAUGCCAGAGACUUACAGUGCUCCCAGUUCAAUAACAAAACAUACAACAACAAAAUGUACAAGUGGGUGCCAUAUUAUGACAAAUCUGAACCUUGUGUGCUGUACUGCAAACCAGAUGAAGGGGACACUAGAAAUGUUGUUUUCUGGAGGGAACGGGUACUAGAUGGAACACACUGUGACACUGAAUCAAGGGAUGUGUGCAUUAGUGGAACCUGCCGGCAUGUUGGUUGUGACUGGGGCAUUGACUCAAAUGCAAAAGAAGAUCACUGUGGUGUUUGCCUUGGUGAUGGAAGUCAAUGCAAGACUUUUCAUGGCGUGUACAGACGGGCGGAUGUCACUGGAUACAAGGAGGUGGUAAUAAUUCCUGCUGGUUCCAGAAACAUUCGUGCUGUAGAGGAAGGGCCAUCAAGAAAUUUUGUAGCUGUUGCCAGUGCUACAACAUAUAAAUAUUACCUAAAUGGAAACAAUCAGAUUGAGAGAUCAGGAUCUUUUUCAAUCCAUGGCACUGUUGGUUUUUACGAGCGCCACAAUGAAAGAGAAAAUAUUACUAUACCAGGUCCAAUACCUGAUGACAUAAAGAUAUAUGUAUUACACCGGCCCCGGCCCCGUUCAACUAGUACCUUCGGGCUGCGAUAUGAAUACACAGUGCCAUUGGACAAAUUAGCGAUGGUGAAGGAAUAUGUCUGGGCAUACUCAGAAUGGUCAGAAUGUACAAAAAGUUGUGGUGGUGGAACACAAACAUCAGUGCCAGAGUGUCGUGAAAAAUCUAAAGGUCUAGUUGAAGACUCCAUGUGCAUUCAGGAGCAUAAACCAGCAAAUUUAACAAGAUCUUGCAAUGAUCAAUUAUGCCCAACGAGAUGGUGGACUGGACCUUGGCAUGCCUGCUCUGUAUCAUGUGGUGAAGGUGGAAUUCAUAAGCGGCUAGUCUUCUGUGUAGAAGAGAAAAUUCCAGGAGAUGCAAACAGUCGAGAUCAACGUAGGCCAGAUUCUGACUGUGCACACCUCACUCGUCCACACAAUCAGGAAUCUUGUCCACAGUUGCCACCCUGCAUCGUUAAAGUGCAGCAGAGUAUAACAUCGUCACAAAAUUCCAGUAUGCACAACGGUCCAAAACGAAAUGGUACCAGGGGACGGAGGCCUUAUUAUGUUGGUGGCAGACGUCGGCCAUCAGUGCCCAGCCCAAGAAAUAAUAAUAAUGAUAUGCGACGAAGAGGAUGGGCUGUCGGGGCCUGGAGUGAGUGUUCUGUAACUUGUGGUAUUGGUAUCCAUCGAAGGAAAGUUGUCUGCGGCCAUCCAAGGGGAAAAUGUGACCCAAAACAGAAACCUUAUGAGACGAAGUCGUGCAAUAUGAAUGAUUUCUGCCACCUUCACUGGAUUACAGGCCCUUGGAGUCAAUGCAGCAAAACAUGUGGACGAGGACCAUCAUACAAGAGAAGAGAAGUUCGCUGUGUGGAUAAAAACACCAACAGACCUGCAGAAGGUUGUUUCCCAGUCAACAGGCCCCUUAGGCGGGAAGUCUGUCAUCCAUUGCCUCCUUGCCCAACCACCUCUCUUCAUCCACCAAACACAACACCUGGCAGGCACAGAAGUGAUGCCUGUGUCGACACCUUAAAACACUGCAGUGCCUACAAGAUGCAGUGUAAUCGUUUUUGGGUAAUUAAGACAAAAUGUUGCUACACAUGUUCACUCAGGUAGCACAGACAUUAAUUUAUUGUGAAAGUGUGUGUGUGUAUGUGUACGUGUGUUUGUGUUUUAUGCUGCCAAAAAGAUUUUGAUCUGAUAUUUCCAAGACUCAAAGGAGCAUUUAUGAAUGGAGAGAAAGACAAGUGAAAACAGGUUACAAAGAACUAAUGUACCCUGAUAACUGAUGUGAUUCUUUAGAAAUAAGUACUUGCCAAUGCAGUGUUGUGUCAGAUAUUCUUUCACAACCACUUCACAAAAAAAUGUGAAGUUAUCUAUAUUGAAACUGCCAUCCAAAAACCUCAUAAUAUUGUACAUAGUGAUUAAAAUCAAAAAUGUAAAUGAUAAAUAUUUCAUAUUGAAACUGCAUAGCACCUCCUGUGUGUGUACAAUUGUUAUUUCAUUAACAAUAUUGUGAUAAAAAGAAAUCAUCAGAAUAUUGGAAUGUAUGAUACUUCAAAGCAGUGAAAUACUAGCCAUGUUCCUGUACAGACUGUGUGACAAAUGCCAUAUUUAUCUCCCUGGCCACUAAUAUUUCAAAAAAGUUUUUUAACAGUGUCUCCCAGUACACUGCCUAUUACUACUGUUUUGUAUUAUGAUUUCAUGCAGAAGUCAUCUAUUUUCAUUCCAUGACUGUUACAAAGUUUUUUUGUUACAUAUGUAUAUUGGAUUUUGUUAUGACAAUUCCAUUCCACAUAUUAGUGAAUUAGUUAAUAUUCCAACAUGACUGUUAAAUAUUCAUGAAAAUAACUGUUAUAGAAUCACUCAUAUCUUAUUCUUGUUCUGUAAAAACUGUCACAGACAGACAUCACUUGCAAUUAUUGUUUGCUAUACAUGUUAUUCCCCUACUCUGAUUAAAAACCAAUAGCCAGAUUUCUUUACAGUAAACCAUUCAGUGUUUGUCACUUAAUAUACUUUAUUUCAUAUGUUCCAACCUCUAUUUUCUGAUUAUUACAGAACAUUAUAUUUACAGUUAUUAUCUUUAAGCCUAUAUAUUAUGCUUACUAUCAUGCAGAUCUUUGACUCAAAAGCAUUUUUUAAAUGUUUUGUUUUCUGUUGGAAAUUAGAACUUGGUUUUGUAAUUGUGCUAUUAUCUUGCUGCAUUCUUUGAAAAGAAGAAUACCACUUACAGCUCAAGCUUUAUAACUAUUGCUUAGUUGGUGUACUAUAUAAAAUCCAAUUAUCUCUAAAAGUUAUAUUUAGGUUUCCCUGCAAUGCACUAUCCACUCUCACUUUCGAUUCUUGACAGCUUAUUCAAUUUUGUCAUAUUCUGUUGUUCAAACAAAUACUUGCCAUGUGCUAACUUCUCAGGAUCCAUUCAUUAAUUCAUUCAUUCACACACCAAUUUCUAUAAAACUCAUCACGGAGGGGGGCUUUCAAAUAUGUGGAAAGAGUCCAGUUUGUAUAAAAAGAGAAAACAGCCAUUAAAAGCUACUUCAAUAAAGUAUACUGACUCUUAAGUUCCUUUUUUAUGCUUGUAUAAUAUAGGAGUGUGAAAAGGUUCCAAAAAUAUACAAGUGUGUGGUGACAGCCCCUGAGCUCUGGAGACUGACUGUCUCAGGCUGUGUUCAUGUGUGAGAUUCUUACAUGUUGCCAUUUUACUGAAGUGAAACACUAAUAUCAUUACACAGUAUUUCUGUUGGAUCCUGUUCAAGUGUUCAUUGACUACUACAUUCAUAUGAGAAGAUCUCCCACAUGCUUCUGAAUAACUUAAUACCUUAUACCGCCGUCUCAUAAGCCUAGCAUGCACCUUAUAACAGCUAAUUAUUUGCACACAGAUUUCCAUCUUGGGUGCUGUUUUUCUUGGCUAGUAGGUCUCCACCACUUACUUGUCAAAAGAGAUGGAAAAUGCUAUCAAACACUAUUACAAAAUCUGCAUUUGCUACAGCUUCUUCCUGUUCCCAUCACAUAUAAUAUAUUGGAAGGAGGACUGCAUGUGUAUGUGUGUCGUUCAAAUUAUAUUCAGUAUUUUUGCAGGGGAGGAAUCAAAUCCCCUGAAGUAUACUCAUGUUUUUCGAUACUUGCACCAUAAAGAAACAUAGCCCUUCAAAUUACAGUUUCAAUUUAUAUGACACAUAGCCAUCAAAUGAAACUAUAUUUUCGUAAAACUGUAUUACAUAUAGUAUUUUUGAGAUGUCUUAUAUUAGGUGGGAUCAAACCUAAGACGGUAACAAGAUGUAUACAUGAACGGAGUAUUAAAUUGCUUUGUUGCACAUGUGCCAUUAUGUAUUAUAACAGUUCAUAACUUGCAAAUCAGCUUUUCAUCUACACUAAGUAGUUUCCAUGCAGGAGCGCCACCAUUACAUGGGUGAAGUUACUAUACAAUAGUGACAUAUUAGUGACACACACACAAAAACUGUCAAAUAAGAAAAUAUGAUCAUGAUGGUGGUCUUCAUAAAAGGACUAAUUAAGUGGCAACAUGUUCCUGAAAAACAUUACUCAAUCAGAAAAAAAAUACUUAAGAACUGUUUAACUGAAAAUCAGGUAGGAAAUAACUAUUUCUGUUAAGUUUCCUGGCUUUUGAUACAUAAGCAUAAGGUGGAGAAUGAAUUUUACACAUCUUCACUGCAUACUAAUAUGAUUUUAAUACUUUGCAGAUAAUUAUUUGUCAUGGAACUAUGAAUUGUACUAGGAAUCGUGUCUGUGUUUUCUAAAUGACUGUGAAUUUUCUAAUUAACAGCACUAUAAAAGGAUAAACAUUUCUGCUAAUUUUGCUGACAAAAUGUAUUAAAGAUAGGAAGCAAUAUGAAUUAACUGAUUUUUGCUGCUCGUGAUGGAAAAUUUAAUUUUGCACACAGAAAUAUAGUCAUGUACUUGAUACAAGAUAUUUCUUUCUUCAGCACCAUGUAUCAUGAGAGAUCUUUUGUACUUUCACAACAGAGCCAUUGUUUGGAAAUACUUUUAAAGGCUAGUGUAAGGUAUUUUGUCAGUUGCAUUUUUUUACAAGGAAGCAAAUUUAUUUUUGCUGUAAUCAAAGAACAACAAUUAUAUUCCAAUAAAAAUAAUGUAUCACUGCCAGUUUGUACAGCUAUUUAUUUAUUUAAUUGUACACCAGUUGUAUCUCAGCAAACAAUAUGUUGUGGUACCAGAACAUUAAAAGUAUAUCAUGAAUAUAACUGAAUCUGAGUACCCAGUGAGGAUGCUCUUAAAAUUAUUAAAUUGACUAUUCUUAUUAUUAUUUAUUUUCAAAUUUUUGAUUCCUCUGAGUCUGAUAUUCAUAUUUCGUAUACUGAAUCAUCAGCUAUGAGAUUUUAGUUAUGUGCUAUUGCAUGAUACAGAAGGUAUUCUUUUUUUUUUUAAAAAAAAAAGGAAAACAGAAAAACUUGGUGCUAUUAAUGCUAAGAGGCUUUAAAGCAUAGGUGCAAAUGGUUUGAAUAUUGGAUGUUCAUUUUUAUGUGGAAUGAAUAAAUUAUAUUUUCCUAAUGAGGAUAUGCUCAUUAUAACCAUAGUUAUUCCAAUCAGAAGUACUGCUGUAACUGUAGUACUGACACCUAAAAUAUUUAUGUACAUACCUCAUGUUUGCUUUUUAGCUUUUGGGCAAAUGAUAAAUUACACUGCCUAUAAUGUGUAUGUUUUUAACAUCCACACAACAUCUAGUCCCAUGACUGAAAUAUUAUAGUGUAUUGUACAGGUUAUGGAUUCCAUGAACCACAUUUAUUUCAUUUACAAAUAUCUUAUAGAUUGUGGGGCACACUUUUCAACACUACUUCUGAAUUUGGAACCCCCUUUUUUGUAUAUAAUUUUUGUAUGAUGGAAAACUUGAAACUUCCCUUUUACAAUAGUAAUUAUAUAUUUCAUGACAAUAAUUUAUUUAUAUGAAGUUGUAAAACUUUGUUAAUUUCUUGUAUACUUGUGAUUACUGAAAUAUUUGUAAAAUAUGUACAAUUUAAAAUGUAGAAAAUAAGAACAUUGCUUGUAAUUUGGCAGAUCAUUAAUUUUGUCAGUAUUCUUCAGUGCAGUAUUGUUCACCAUAUUGUUUAACUGUGCCAUAAUGGCAGUAAUAAAGAUAUAUGCCAAAUAAUGUCUCAUUGAAUUAUUAACUAUUCUCGCUCUCCACUCUUAUGAGGUUAUGUACAUUGUAGUGCAUAUU